GGUUGGUUGCCUUCAAAAGGCCGCCUGGUGGGAGACUCCGCCACUCAGCCAGCCUGCUUCCGGAUUAUCCUCUCCAUCUCCGGCCAAUCUCCGGCGUCAUCUCCCCCCUGAGAAAAGCCCGUGGUUGAUGCAAGAAGCCCUUUCUAUGAUACUGGAACGUAUAGAAAUGUGUCUGGAGCUCAUAUUAGAUCGUUGAUUUUGCAGCAUUUGUGUGAGAGGAAGAUGUCGAGCGUCAGGCUUGAGGAUGCGAAUGAUCAAGAUCUUGUUGACGGAACUUGUCUUGAAAAAGCGGAUGAUGAUCAGUCCAUGGAUGAGUUGAAACCCUCAUCUGCACAAGCGGAGAAUCCCUUGCCUUCUCCUCAACAAGAGGAGGAAAUAAUUAAGAAAAAAUAUGGGGGAAUUUUGCCGAAGAAAAAACCAUUAAUAUCAAAGGAUCAUGAACGAGCUUUCUUUGAUUCGGCUGAUUGGGCAUUGGGGAAGCAAGGAACGCAGAAGGCGAAAGGUCCGCCAGAGGCUCUCCGUCCAAAGUUGCAGCCCACACCUCACCAGCAGCUUCGUUCAAGACGGUCAGCUUAUGCUCCUCCAGAUGACAAUGAAGAAGUGGAUGGUAGCAAUAUUCAUGAUGACAAUUGUCCUGAGGAUCAGAGCUGCAAGUUGGAUUCUAGUUCUAAUUCUAAUUCUCCCCUUUAACAACAACAAUAAUGGCGGUGGUGAUUCUGGAGAUCCUGAGCUGCAGCAGCUAACUGCAUCACAGUAGUUGUUGAUGAUGAUGAUGAUGAUUGUGAGAGCACCUUUUGUGAUUGUAGCAUACACAACAUGCUAAUGGAAGGCUGCUGCCUCCAACUACAUAACCAUGCUACUUCCUCCAAAAUUUCAUAUAUAUAUAUAUUUGGCUACUGAAUUA